CCACUACUUACGUCUUCAAUCCCAAGCCAGCCAAUCCCAGCUUCCUCAGCCACUCUCUAGUGGAACUGCUGAGCCAGAUUAGCGCCACUUUCAAGAAGAACUUCACCGCUCUGCAAAAGAAGAGGGUUCAAAGAAAUCCGUUUGAGAGAAUAGCCACUCCCUUCCAAGUGUACUGCUGGACUGCACCACAGAUUGAUCAUGCCAUGGACUGUGUGAGAGCAGAGGAUGCCUACACCUCCCGUCUGGGUUACGAGGAGCAUAUACCUGGCCAAACUAGAGACUGGAACGAAGAGCUCCAGACAACCAGAGAACUUUCUCGUAAGAACCUUCCUGAGCGCCUACUGAGAGAACGAGCCAUAUUCAAGGUUCAUAGCGACUUUGCCGGUGCGGCGACGCGUGGCGCAAUGGCGGUGAUCGAUGGCAAUGUAAUGGCGAUCAACCCUGGCGAGGAAACGCGCAUGCAGAUGUUCAUCUGGAACAACAUCUUCUUCAGCUUGGGUUUUGACGUACGUGACCACUACAGGGAGCUCGGCGGGGAUGCUGCCGCCCAUGCUGCCCCCACCAAUGAUCUGAACGGGGUGAGGGCGUACAGUGCUGUGGACGUGGAGGGGCUCUACACCCUGGGCACGGUGGUGGUGGACUACAGAGGUUACCGUGUAACCGCACAGUCCAUCAUUCCUGGCAUCUUGGAGCGUGAACAGGAGCAGAGCGUCAUCUACGGCUCCAUUGACUUCGGCAAGACCGUAGUGUCCCACCCCAAGUAUCUAGAGCUUCUGGAGAAGACCAGCCGCCCGCUGAAGGUGCAGCACCACGCUGUGCUCAAUGAAAAAGACACCUCUGUAGAGCUUUGCUCCUCUGUGGAGUGUAAGGGUAUCAUUGGCAACGAUGGCCGCCAUUACAUCUUGGACCUUUUGCGCACCUUCCCACCUGACCUCAACUACCUGCCGGUGGAGGGCGAAGAGCUCGCCCCCGAGAGCCAGAAGCUGGGUUUCCCCUGCCAGCAUCGCCAUCGCCUGGCUUGCUUGCGCCAGGAGCUCAUCGAGGCCUUUGUAGAGCACAGAUAUCUCCUCUUCAUGAAGAUGGCAGCACUCCAGCUAAUGCAGCAGAAAGCAAACAAAGACAAGACUGCAGCCCUGCAUGACACAAGCACUGCAGAUGCGGAGUCUGAAAGCAAACCUCAGGCUCUUGAAGCAUCUGAGAAGGUUGCCGACGGCACGCCGACCUCCCCAACUUCCUCUGAAUCCACUCUGACCCCCGAUGACGCAGAGGCAACGACUGUGUCUGAAAACUCUGCUCCUGAAAACCAGGAAGCCCCAGCAGAUCUGAAAUCCGCAGUUCCUACAGCAAACACCAAUGGUACUCAUGAGCCUUCAGCUGCAGAGAGGCAGAAUGGAGGGUGUGAUAGUCCCUUGGAGGGUAAGGAAGCUGAUGAAAAUAUUCCUGGACUUGCCCAAGCUAAAGAGCUGGCUGAGUCCUUAGCAGCAGAAGAUGGAUCCGGUAUUGACCCCAAAAGUCGAGAGGUGGUCCUCAACGCCUGUAAAGCCGUGGGCUCCAUCAGCAACACCUCUUUCGACAUUCGCUUCAACCCAGAUAUCUUCUCUCCAGGCGUACGCUUCCCUGAUGACAGCACUGAGGACAUCCAGAAACAGAAGCAGCUUCUCAAAGAUGCUGCAGCCUUCCUAGUGUCCUUCCAGGCUCCUUCUUUUGUAAAAGACUGUUUAGAUCACAGCUCUUUGCCUAUGGAUGGAGCAACAAUGACAGAAGCCCUUCAUCAGCGUGGCAUUAAUAUGCGUUAUCUUGGUACUGUGCUGGAGUUUGUGGACAACAUGCCUGCAAAAGCACAACUUGAACACAUCUACAGAAUAGGAAUCAGUGAACUGAUCACCAGAUGUGCAAAGCAUAUAUUCAAAACAUAUCUUCAGGGUGUGGAGCUCUCUGCUUUAUCCGCUGCGGUGAGCCACUUCCUGAACUGCCUCUUGAGCUCUUUCCCAGAUGCCGUGGCUCAUCUCCCUGCGGAUGAGCUGGUGUCCCGCAGAAAGAGCCGUAAGAGACGUAACCGGGUCCCUGGUGGAGGGGACAACACGGCAUGGGCCAGUUUGACCCCAAGUGAGCUGUGGAAGAACAUUAACUCUGAGGCACAGAGCUACUAUCACUUCAAUCUGCAAUGUGAAAGUGUGGACCAAGCAGUGGAGAAGUACGGCUUGCAGAAGAUCACCCUGCUGAGGGAGAUAUCAAUCAAGACUGGCAUUCAGAUCUUGAUAAAGGAGUACAAUUUUGACAGCCGCCACAAGCCGGCCUUCACCGAGGAGGACAUCCUGAACAUCUUCCCCGUCGUGAAGCACGUCAACCCCAAAGCCUCUGAUGCCUUCCAUUUCUUCCAAAGCGGGCAGGCCAAGGUUCAGCAAGGCUUUCUAAAGGAGGGCUGUGAGCUCAUCAACGAGGCCUUGAACCUUUUCAACAAUGUGUAUGGAGCCAUGCAUGUGGAGAUCUGUGCCUGUCUGCGCCUUCUGGCCCGACUCAACUACAUCAUGGGUGAUCAUCCUGAGGCUCUGAGCAAUCAGCAGAAGGCUGUCCUGAUGAGUGAGAGAGUGCUGGGUAUUGAACACCCCAACACUGUUCAAGAAUAUAUGCAUUUAGCUCUGUACUGCUUCGCCAAUGGCCAGCUGUCCACUGCCCUGAAGCUGCUGUACCGCGCUCGCUACCUCAUGCUCAUGGUGUGUGGGGAGGACCAUCCUGAAAUGGCUCUGCUCGAUAGCAAUAUUGGUCUGGUGCUUCAUGGUGUGAUGGAGUAUGACCUGUCUCUGCGUUUCCUGGAGAACGCCCUGGCCAACAAUUCCAAAUACCAUGGGCCACGAUCCCUGAAAGUAGCUCUCAGUCAUCACUUGGUGGCCAGAGUUUAUGAGAGCAAGGCUGAGUUCCGCUCUGCACUGCAGCAUGAGAAGGAGGGUUACACCAUAUACAAGAACCAGGUUGGUGAAGCUCAUGAGAAGACGAAGGAGAGCUCAGAGUAUCUGAAGUACCUCACGCAGCAAGCUGUGGCUCUACAGAGAACCAUGAAUGAGAUUUACAAGAAUGGAUCUAAUGCUAGCAUAAUGCCUCUCAAGUUUACGGCACCAAACAUGGCCAGUGUUCUGGAACAGCUUAAUAUCAUCAAUGGCAUCAUCUUUAUUCCCCUCAGCCAAAAGGAUCUGGAGAAUCUGAAGGCCGAGGUGCAGAGACGGCAGCUGAUGCAGGAUUCUGGGAAAAUCGAGAAACAGCAGGGUGGUCAGUUAGAGCUGGAUGACAAGCUGCCUGUGGAUGAUUAACAACCCCAACCGUACAGCCCCUCUCCAUAUCGAGGAGGACACGAUGCAGCAGCCAUCUGUUAGAACCGGUGGACCUGAGAACUGAGCUGUCUAAUCUAACCAAUUCACUUUGAGCAUAAUGGGGAGGGGAGAACCAUGAACAGGCGACAAAAAUGUGUACAGAGUGUAGUUUGUAGCUGUAAAGAGAAUGAAAGCAGAUGUUUUACACGUGCAAUUCAACAACACGACCCCUCGAGGUCUACAGGAAGAAGCAGAGAGAAUGUAGUCCUUCCUCUGCGAGUUUGCGCAGAUGAGACUGGAGGUGACCAAGGAUGACCAUGACAUUUUAUACCAGAGCCUUAUCCAUCCAUCAUCCCCAUCUCUUUGCUUCUCAUCUGAGCCCAGGAUAACCACAAUCCAUCCCAAAGCAACCCACGAGUGUAGAGAGAUCCUCCCUAUCUGAAACUCAGGUGAUUUCUACACAAUGCACCAGACGAAAGACGUUCACCGUUCAAUUCAACAGAGAUAGACAUCCAAGAAUCAUGGGCUUGAGAAUGUAAACUCUUUUAAGGUCUAGUCUCAGGGCCGAAUGCUAGUAUUGUGUCCCAUGCGUUGUUUCUACGCUCGCCGUGGCUGCUGCCUUUAGACCGGAUCGAUGCAACUUUACAGAUGCAAGUUCUCAACCUAUCAGUUUAGAUCGGUGGCGUCUGUAAAACAAGGAAUCUUGUAAAAGUACAUGAGAAGCCAUUAGAUCUUUCAUGUCAACGUUAAUUUAAGCCAUGUCUGUUUUAUAGAAAUACAUUGGGAAAGAGAAUGAAAGCAGAUGUUUUACACAUGCAAUUUAUAAAGCUUUGUCAUUGGGGUUAGACAGGUACUUGAUUCAUUUUGAUUGAAAUACUGAUUUGAAAUGUCCAGCUUGAAUUAGACUGUGGUGCUGAAACACCUUUUCACUUUAAAAGUGUGUAUGUGUGCGUGCUCAUGUGUGUAUGUCUCUUUAUGGUUGUCCAUGCUAGUGCAGAAACAGAUUCGGAUUCCUCCAAAGCUGCUGCAACAGAACAGUAUCGUGAUGAUAUUUUUAUACAUCAUUGAUAACGGAUGGACUCGUGCAAUCUGUUAAGAUGAAGAUGUGCUACUAAUAUCAUGGUUUUCAAGAUCCGAUCAGUAUAUUCUCCAGAAUUACUUGGCACAGGGUUCAGAAACUUGCGAGACUCGUGUUUGGUUCCUCCCUAGCAGUAUUUAUUGCACUUACCAGUGCUGGGCUUUUGUGUGGUGUCAUAUAGGACUGACAAAAGAGGAAUAAGAUGGGCUGCUUCGAUGUGUAACAUACCAAAAAAAAAGAUCAAGGACGAUGUGUACAUUGUGUACAUGCUUUGUGUGUGUCCUGCAAAUGUCAAAAUUGUUGCUGUGCUCAAACUGUGUAUGAAGCAAUAUGCUGGAACUAAGUGCAUCUUGGAUUGUGCACAUGGAUGCAAGAAAACGGCUAGCCUGGUUGUAUUUCCCUAUAAAACAAAAAGUAAAAUUGUUUAAAAAUGGUUAAAGUCUCUGAAAAUUGGUGGGGAAAAGCAAUGUAACUGAUAUUUAUGAACAAGAAUAUGUAAUUAUGUGAGAUUUGUGCCUAUUUAAGCUUCUAUAAGUCAAAAGGUUGGGCAACUGAUGGAUUUCUUGAUGGAUUUUGCAACGUUGGACUGAAAUCCUUGAAUAUCUACUUCAGUACCUUUAGGUGCCACAUGGGUGUACUGUAGUCAAUAUAUUAUUAACAUUCAUUGAUAAUGGACAUAAACGCAAUUUUUGAGGUAUUGCAUUAAAAUAUGAACUAGAUUUGAAUCAAAACAUUGAAACUGGAGUUCAAUAGGAUCUUAAUGCCAUAGUAACUUAUUAGGAAUAUGCCGAAUAUGCUGGUGGUAGCUUAGUGGUUAAAGCUCUGAGUUGGUAACAGAUGCAUCACAAGUUCAUUGAGUAAGCGUGACCUUAGUUUGAACUGAAGGGUUAAUGAGAAAAUCCUGUCUCUAGUUUGUCCUUGAGCCAGGCACAUAACCUCAGGUUUCUCCUGGGCUUAAAAAAUAACAAGUAACCAAUCUGCAGUUAAGAAUGUUAAAUAUGAUCUCAAUUGAAUAUAUUCAAGCUUCCAUAGUUGCACAUCUCAUAGUGAACAAACCAGUGGAUUCAAACAGUGUUUUAAAUUUAACCGCAAAGAUCAUUUUCAUAAUUAAGAAUGGUCACCAAAUCUGUGAUGUGUUCAUGUUAUGUAGCAAAGCAACAUGUCAAUACAAGAUUUCAAUAACUGCUUGCAUGACAAACCAAUUUGAUGUAAUCUAGAUGUGUAGUACUUUUUAGAAAGGUUUGGGUUUUAUUGACAACAGGCGCCGAAACAAAAUAGUUAUUUUUGUUCAUUUCUUUCUUUUUGAAUUACAAUCUUUAAUUUGAAGUGUCUUGAAUGUCUUCCUGGGUAUAAUAUUCAUAAUAUUCUUCAAAUUACAGUUUUAUCACAAAUCUUUAUGUUCUGUGUGAAAGUGUGCAUACAAAACGAAGAAAACAUAUUUUUUAAUUGUCAGAAGAAAACGAUUGGACAUUUAAAAAGCAUCAAUUAAAUCUCUUAUCAAAUUUACUGUACACCAGUCAUUUAAAAGAAAUAUCACAAUUAAGACACCCUCUACCCUCAGCCUGCAGCACAUUUUGUUACAUUUUCUCUUAAAUAAUCUGCACAAACCCAUUAUAAACUAGAAUAUAAAAAAAUAAAUUAUCUGAGGAAAUCUACAUAGAGCAAACAUACAGUGUUCGGUCUCAGUGUCAUCUGGUGUUGAACAAACAGAUCACUUCUUUUUUUCUUUUUCUUUUCUGUAUUCUGUUUUCAACAUGAAAUAUUUGUCAUACCCUUUGUGUGUUUGUUUUGGUUUCUUUAAUGAGUGCUACCUUAAUGUCAAUUCUUCUAAAUAUCAAUCUAAUUAUUUUUGGUCCGAGUAUCCUUUUGUAUUAAAAUGAAUAAAGAAACUUGAAAACAA